AUGGGUUCAUUCGGUAGUUUUCUUGUUGCAUACUUGAUCGGCGGACUCACCUUCAUCCCGCUUGUCCUGUCGCUGAUUCUCCUUCAUGCGUAUCUUACCUUUCCGCGCGCUUCCCCACCCUCCGAUCAUCCAGACGGACCAUCCCCCGAUAGCAUUCAGCGACCGACCGAUGAUCAGUUCAGUCUGAAAUCUGGUACAGAUGAGCUAGCAGAAAAGUUUCAGCGGACCCACGAGUCCGAUGUCGCUGCCGGCUAUUUUGCUGUCUGUCGCGAGUAUGUCCCUGGUGGAGUCAAUGGCAAGCCUCCCGAGAGAACCACCCCAGCGGGUGAGGUGAUCGCCGCCGAGAGCCCCAGCGUCUACCAAACUAUGUACCGGAGUUUGUUUGAUAGGAAGCAAACGCCGACGAUCGAGCCUGCGAAAAACAAUGGCAAGAACGGGAAAAGGGCCCGUAAUGUGUUUUACAUUGUUCUGCGACAUGGCCAUCUGAUGCUCUAUGACGACGCCAACCAGGUGGAAGUUCGAUACGUCAUUUCUCUCGCGCACCACGAUGUGAGCAUUUACGGUGGUGAAGGAGAAAUCUUGGAGGGCGAACUUUGGCUGAAAAGGAACGCCAUUUGUCUUUCGAGGCGGUUGGACUCCCUUGGUGACCUGGGAGGGCCGACCCCUCCUUUUUACCUCUUUUCCGACAAUCUAACAGAAAAGGAGGACUUUUACUUCGCUAUGCUCCAGAACCAGACUAGAAUGGGCGACUCGCCAAAUUGUCCGCCCAAGCAUCAGCAGUUUGACGUCAAGCAUAUUGUCACCCUAGUCCAACGUCUACACUCUUCCGAGGAGCAACUGCAGACGCGGUGGAUCAAUGCCGUUCUCGGCAGACUGUUCUUGGCUUUAUACAAGACUCCGGAGGUGGAAGACUUCAUUCGGCAGAAGAUCACUAAGAAGAUCUCGCGGGUCAACAAGCCAAACUUCAUCAGCAAGCUCUGUUUGCAGCGGAUCGACAUGGGUGAAGGUGCCCCUUUUAUCACAAACCCGAGGCUCAAGGACCUGACGGUCGACGGAAACUGCUGCGUGGAGACUGACAUCCAAUAUACCGGCAACUUUCGGCUUGAGAUUUCGGCCACUGUUCGCAUUGACCUAGGUCCUCGUUUCAAGGCACGAGAAGUCGACAUUGUGCUCGCUGUAGUUCUCAAAAAGCUUGAAGGCCAUAUGUUGAUUCGGUUUAAGCCCCCGCCCAGUAACAGAGUGUGGGUUUCUUUCGAAACAAUGCCAAACAUGGUUAUGGACAUCGAACCGAUUGUCAGCUCGAAACAGAUCACUUACGGCAUUAUCCUGCGAACUAUCGAGAGCAGAAUUCGCGAAGUUGUCGCCGAGAGUGUGGUUCAGCCAUACUGGGAUGAUAUUCCCUUCCUGGACACCGCUUCGCAGCCUUACCGCGGCGGCAUCUGGCAACGAGAGGUCCCAGGCCAAGAUUCAAAGGCUGAGAUUCCUGAUGAGUCAAUCAGUCAGCCACAGACUCUGACUACAAAAGACUCAACUGAGGCUCUGAAGACGAAGGACGAUCGCGCAAUGAGCAUGCCAGUGCUUUUGGAAACCACUGCCGGAUUGAAAUCACGCAAAAGCUCCAAGUUGGUUACAACAGACUCGGAAACGAGUAUAUCAUCAGCCGUUGAUAAAACUGGCGGUUUGUCUCCGCCGCGCGCUAUUCGAUCUCAAACGUUUUCGAAUGUGGCCGAUCCUGUCGUCACUGCUGAUAACGUCAAGAUCGAAAAAGCUACGAGUGAUAUCAAGGGCGAAGAGAAGAGCAGUGCUGCCAGUGCCAUGAUUGAGAUCUCGAACCGUUCGCCUCCUGGCUCGCCGAAUAAGACGCCGAAUGGAUCACCGCCCUCAAUCAGCCAGAUGAACCCUGAGAAGCUAUCCUCCAGUCGAGGGUCAUCUUUUAUGGAGUCUAUUGAAAGUGUUAGCGAGUUCGCCAGCAGCUCCCCAACGCGCCCUACAUCUGCGCACUUGGCUAGUGAAUCGUCAAACGCUCUCCGAGGCGCUAAUGGAAGUUCGAACGCGUCGAUCAAUAGCGACAGGUCGCGCAGGCGAAGCACGUUGGAAACAGUAGGGACCCUGACUAGGUCCGUCACGUCUUCGACUGCUUCCGAAGAGAAGCCAAAAUUAUCUAUCUCGCUGGGUACAGCGACCGCGGCAGCAAAAAAAUGGAGUUGGAGUGUGUUUGGAAAGGGAGAUUCAAAUAGCCAGGAAAUUUCUCGGCCUGCAGGCACUCCCGACGAGCCGAUCGGACGUGGUCACCCUCUUCCUCCGCCAGGCACCCCCUUACCGCGCCCUGAUAAAUUCGGUAUCAAGAGUAACCCUAUUCCUCGACGGAAGCCUGUGCCCCCGCCACUCCCCGGGCGUUCCAAAGGUGACGCGAAGCGGCCCGUUCCAAAGCCGCCCCUGCCAAAACGGAAGCCUCCAGCGAGACCGGAGGGUGACGAAAGCAGUCCCGACGAAUUGCUCGUGGUUGAGGCGCCAUACGAUUCGACGCCCAAUAGCCCGGCGCCUGAUUCCGCUUCUGAGAUAGGCAUAGUACUGCCGAUUGCGACUCAGGCAAAUACUCGGGAUCUUUCCCGUUCUGGAUCGGACGAUGUGGUUGCAAGCCGCCGCUGGGAUGAUGGUACGGAGCAAAAAUCAAGCGAGCAUGACUCGUUUGGUCAUGGAAUGCCCGGUGUCACCAAGCACGGCAUGGAAAUAUUAUCUGCAACAGAUGGGAUCUUACCUUAG